UUCAUUCGUCCUCGCUCCCGCCUAAAGCGACCGAGCAACUUUUUUUCCCAAGUAUAACCACCGAGUGUUAUAUGUAAGCAUAACAGAAAAUUAGAAAAAGCAUGUCGAUGUGUGUUUAGAAAGUUGAAAAUCCCUGUAAUAGGUGUGGCCUGUGGUUUUGUUGUGUAAAGGUCUCAACAAAUGAUUGACGAUGUUAAACCUGUCACCGUCGAGUUAUAAGAACGAAGAUGGCGAACGUACAGUGAAUACGAGGAAAGUGUUCUCCAGUCGCCCGUGGUAUGCUCUUCCACCUGAGCCUUCAGUGUUGUUGGAGCAGUCUCCGUAUUUCGCAGGUUACGAUUCGAACUACAACGGAGGUCCUAACGAAGAGUAUGAUGAACACGAAGUAAGGGAGUACGAGGACCCUGUGAAGGUGGAACGUUUGGACGCUCUGGACAUCGACGCUACUCCUCGCGCGAACUUCGAGGAGCAAGUCCCUACCACCAGCUCUGUAUCGGAAUUCUCCAUCACUAAUGCUGUCAAUUUAAGAGAAGCGGUGUUGGUAGCUCUGGGCGGCGCGAGCGCAGCGCUAGUGCUGUUGAUCGUGAUGGCGGGCGUGUUUUGCGCGCGCCGGCGCAAGAACAGCCCCUCCCCCGCGCCCUCCCCGCCGAUCCUCGUGUACCCUCCACAUGACAUCACCGCGCCGUGUUACUUGACCAAAGAAGUGAACUUCUCUUUGCCGACUCUGCGAUCGUCGUCGCUCGGAGAACUUCGGGAUGUGGUCAGCGUAAGCAGCCUGGGCAGCGAAGUGCUUUGCCCGCCAGUACCGCAACACCGAUCCAAUUCAUUCACAAACACUGCAGACCUCGGAGUUUUGGACCCCUCGCUUUACAAAUCGGAUUGCCUUGAUGAGGAUCUCUUAUGGCCGGAAGGGCAUGUGGGUCGCGUUUGGUUCACAUUGAAAUACGAAUCGGCGACUGAAAGGCUACAAGUGCACAUCAUGAAGGCGAAGCAUCUACCAUCGCGCACACCGGCCCUGGCGAACGCUUGCGAUCCCUAUAUCAAGAUUCAACUGAUGCCAGACGAGAGGAGGGUUCUGCAAACCAAACAGAAGAAGAAGACUUGCAAUCCGUUCUUCGACGAAUCAUUCAUUUAUCAGAUUCCACCGGGGAAAGUCGAAGGUCUGACGCUCAAGCUGUCAGUACUGGAUGCCGGCAGGGUAGGCAAGGGCAAACAGCUGAUCGGCCACAUCAUCCUACCACUCAGCGAACUUGAAGGAGUCGCCCCGGACGAAGAACCGCAGCUUUACAAGCUUGAUAUUGAGAAGGAGUUACAAGAGCCAACAUCAAAUCUGGGGGAAGUUCUGGUGUCUCUACUUUACAAUGAGAAUCUGCACCGACUCACCGUCACCGUGAUAGAAGCUCGAGGCCUUAAGCUGGACCCAUCAGCGAACAAACGCGAGAUAGCCGUGCGGGUGACGCAAGAGCGUGCUUGUCGCGGGGUGCGCGCGCGCCGCACCGCCGCCGUGGACGUCACCGACGACGGCUGCGCGCUCAUCUCCGAGUGCUUCCACUUCAGGCUGCGAGCUGACGAGCUGCACACCACCAGCGUUACAGUGCAGGCUUUGCAACCACACUCCGUUUAUGCAAAGGAUCGCCUGCUCGGAAAAUUUGUACUAGGCUCGUAUAUGUUUGCUAGAGGUCGCGCUUUACAACACUGGAACUCCUCACUGGCAAGUCCGAUGGAGCAAGUACAACAAUGGCACCCGCUAACGAAUUGAACACGACAACCCGGCCAAUCAAACACGUACAACUGAUCCUCUGUAAACGUAUGUAGUCUAUUUACGUUUAAUUUAGUGGUAUAACAUCAGUGAGACGUAUUGUAUAGGUGACCAAAGUGAUAUUUAAAUUUUGUUGUCUAAAUGUUUCGUGUAAUCUCUUAAAACUUCUUUGCUCCUUGUAGUUCAGAUAAUCAAAUAUAUUGUAAUUAUUCUCCCUUUCCAAAUGAUCCACAAAAUCAUCUAAAUCUAUUUCGUAUUUAUUGAAUUCAAUGUAAUUUACUGGAUCAAAAAGGUCCCUUUUCCGAUUAGAAUAAUAAGCAUUAUUUUUUUAUUACCUAUACACACUAAUUCUCGAGGCACAGUCAAAAAAAGUAAUGUAAACAUAUCUCAAUUUUGAAACUUAAUAGUAGACCUAUUGAUUUAAGUAAUGGUCACUGGUAUUUUUGUAAUUCCAUUUACACGCAGUUUAAAGUACUAAUAAAUAUAUUUACAUUUUAAAUAUUCAUCACUUGAAUUAUAAAAAGU